AGCUUAACUAAGGUUUUCGCUAGCUUUAACGCCUACGCCCUCGCCCUUGCCUUCGCUAAUUCUGCUGCCAACGCUGCUGCUAACGCCGACGCCGCCAAUAUGCGCGCACCAGCUAUACUAUUCGCCUCCCCUCAAGACCCUACGCGAGACCAUCACCCCUCGCACCGUCAACGCCGUUAUCCCUCUACGCCUACGCCAGCGUGGGACCUAACGGGCUGCCAGCCCUCAGCCUGUAGGGCUAGAAUCCCACAGCAGGAGACUGCUAAGACUACUGCCGAGACUACUACCGAGACUACCGCCGAGACUACUGCCGAGACUACCGAGACUACUGCCGAGACUACUGCCGAGACUGCCGAGACUACUGCCGAGACUACUGCCGAGACUACUGCCGAGACUGCCGGCCAGACUAUAGAAGUUAUAGAACGGGCUUCUGCGCCGUUUCUACAGACCCUCUUCAACGCCGCUAAGCAUGCCUAUAUCUAUACCAAAAUUAGCCUCUGUAUAACUAUGCUACAGUCCCAACGACAAUAA